AUGAAUUUCACUUUAGAGGGAAAACUUAAAAUAGAUUAAUUUCUGCAAUUACUCAAAAUUUUCUCUUAUCCUAUUAUUAUAUGUGAUGAUGAAAGUAUUUAACUGAUUUUAACUUAAAGAAAUUCAAUUUUCAGAAAUACCGGAUAAUUAAAAAUUUAAUGAAUUUAAUAAAUCAGAUAAACCUGCUAGCUUUGCAUAAAUAAAUAAUGAUUUCUUUAAUGAAUAUUAAUCAUAAAUUAGAGAAAAUCAUUUAAAAUUUGCAGAAACAAGUUGUCUAAACAUUAAAAUGUAACAAGAUGUUUGUUUAUUAAAUUCUUAAUUGAACUAUGUUUGUUGUUAAAUUCCAAUUGAUAUUAUAUAUAAAGCACUUAAGCCAUUAGCUAAAUCUCACAUAAAGGUUUUAAAAUUGUCAUUUUCUUACUUACUUAUAGAAAAAGAUUAUGAUAAUAAAUAAAUUUAGUUACAUUUUAUAGUUGGAGCGUAUUCAGAAAGAGGAUUUUUCACUAUCAUGAAACCUGUAAAUAUGCUUCAAUAAAAAGAUAUAGAACUUCCAAAUUUAAAUACUAAAGUAAUAACUAUAAAUUAUGAAAAUUGCAAAACAAUAAUUCAACAAAUGAAAUCUUAUCCAAUUGGAUUAAUUUGUAAUGUUGAUGAAAUAUCAUUCUCUCCAUUAUCUGUAGAUUUAGAAUAAAUAGACAUAUGGUCAGGUGCUUUACCAUAUUAUAAUUCAUCUUUUGUAGAAGAAAUAUAUGGUAAUUUAAGUAUAUAAGCAAUUUAUACAAAAACAUAUAAUCCAAUAUUAAGUUAUAGUGCAAAGGUUAAAUAAGAUUGCACAAUCUAUAUAACUACAUCUGAAAAUGAUACAAAAACAGCAAUCUUAUAUUUUGUAGCAAGUGAAUCAAACAUCAUAAUUUGCAAUAGAUAAUAAGUUAUAACAAAUGAUGAAUCAAAAUAAAAGGGCAAGUUAUUUUUAAAUAUUAACGAUGAAUUACUUGAAGAAAUAGAAUAAAUAAGUAGUUAAUUUGAAAAAAAGUUUUCUUAAAUUCAAAUAACUACCAAUGUAAAAGAUAAUUACAAUAAUUGUUAUGAUAAUUAACCUUUAAAAAUGGCAUAUUCAGCUAUUGAUGAUAACAACAGUAAAAUGUAUAGUACAAUCAAUUAAAAGGAACCUUUAUUGUUUGUCCCACCAAAAGUUACAGGAUCAAUAAAUGAUGCUAUUUUAGACUAUAUGACCAGAAAUUCUUGUAAAUAAACUACUAAUACUUUAUCACGAUAUAAAUCAAAUUUUUAGAAUUGA